CUGAUUUUAAGGGCCUGCAGCUGGGGAAAGGCAAGCAGGAGCUCAGCUAACACUUAACCAGCAAGUCACCAAAGUAACAGCACUGUGGUGGAAGAUGGCAAUGAGGACAGUUUGGGUAGCUGUGAUCAUGAUGUAUGGAGUCUCUUUUGCAAAGAACUCUGUCGUAUCUGUGUUAAAAGUUCCACUGGAUUUGGCUCCAAAUGCUGUAGAUGACAUGUACUCUGGCUGCAAAGACAAGAUGGAGGACAGAGUGAAGAACGAGUACCUGGCGAAUGAGAAAAACAAAGACAAAAAUUUCAACUUGGCCUGGAGUGAAGCAGAAAAGUACUACAACAAAAGAUGGAACCAUAAAAAGGGAAAACGACCUUCCACCUCCCUGGGGAAAGAAAAGAUAAUAGCUAUUUAUGUUUAUACCCUUGACAAACCAAGAAUCUAUCUUGAUUUCAAUAAUGCAGUUAGAACCCAGAAAUCUAAAUACAAAACCACAUUCAGGUAUCACUCACUUCACUUUUUCCUGACUGAUGCCCUUCAAACUCUCAAUGCUCGCAAACCUGAAGCAGAAAGAUGUCUCACUGGCUACCGUAGAGUGGACAGCUACUUUAGCCAAGAUGUUCUUAACAAGGGAAUUCGCUUUGGCUCCUUUACCUCCAGCUCAAUGGGAUGGUACCCCAAUGCUGAAAGAUUUGGAAACAAGUCAUGCUUUGAGAUAUUCACAUGCUUUGGAGCAGACGUCUCACUGUACUCGAAGCUUGGCGAGUCUGAGAGAGAAGCCCUGAUUCCUCCUUAUGAAGUCUUUAAAGUCACAAAGAUUGAUACAAGAUCUGAGAAGAAGGAUCUUCCAUGUGAGGUGGUCUACAAAGUGAAAAGUACACGAAAAACGCUAUCCAAUACAAAUUGUGGUCUUUUCUGAAAUAAGCAGUCUCAAAUGUUUAACACAAUACUUCACAUUCUAAUAUAUUUUAAACCAGAUUAGUGACUUAAUAUCACUUCCAACAUACAUUUGGAUAUGCAGAUUUGAAUAAAGGAAUAAUAA